GAACGCCAGCCGCUGCGUUCUCCUCUCGCUUCCUCCUGUCUGUAGUUGCGGUUAGGGUUUAGGGUCGUAGGGUUAGCGUUAGGGUUUUGGGUUUCUCUCCACCAUGAAAGCCCUCCUCUUCUCCCAUCUCCGACGAAACCGUCGCCUCCUCCUUGUUCGAUUCCCCUUCCUCUCCCCUCCCCCGCCCUCUCCUGCUCUCUCUUCGCCCCCGAUUCGAUCCCUCCAUGACCUCCCUUCGCCCCCCCAAUCCGAUUCCUUCUCGUCUCCCCCCUCCCGGAUCCUCCAAUCGACCACCCCUGUUGCUUCCGAACUGGAGGAGGAAGACGCUGCCAUGAACGAGUUCCUCUCUCGAUUCGUCUGGGCGAUCCGCGGCAAGCUCGUCGAGGCUUAUCCGAUCCUCUCCAAAGAAACACUGGACGCCAUGCUGCUCGUCAUCUGUCAGAAAGUCGUCGUCGAGAUGGAGAAGGCCGGUGACGGCGCCGCCGAUGCUGCCCCGCCGAUCGACCUCAGCGAGGAUUUGUGGAAGACCAUAUGGGAGGUGAGCAACUUGGUCCACGAGGCCAUGAGGAGGGACCGGAUGAGGGAGGAGCUCAAGAAGUAUCUCCAUUGCGAUGAGGUCAAGGAUAUGUGCCACUUCGCUGCGGAGAUUGGCAUGCGGGGGCCCAUGCUUCGGGAGCUCCGCUUCAAGUGGGCGCGCGAGAAAUUGGAGGAGGUCGAGUUCUACCGGAGCUUGGAUCAAAUGAGGGAGCAAGCCAAAAAGCAAGAAGAGGAAGAAAAAGCAUUGAGUUCGGGCUCUGGGGUUGAUCCGGGAAGUGGCUGGGCAGAAGGGGAGAAAGGUGGGCGAACAAAGCUGUUAGCUUUACCCCAGAGGAAGGGGAAGAUCAAGUACAAGAUCUAUGGGUUGGAUUUGUCUGAUCCAAAGUGGGCGGAGGUGGCCGAGAGGGUGGAGGAGGCUGAGAAGCACAUUGUGCCUGAGGAGCCGCAGCCAGUUGAGGGAAAAUGUAAGAAGGUUGAGGAGAAGCUCCUUGCCUUGAAAGCAAAGAGGGAUGACCCCACACCACUACUGGCAGAAUGGGCGGAACUCCUCCAGCCAAAGAAGGUUGAUUGGCUUGCCUUGCUUGAUAGGAUCAAAGAACGCAAUGUGGAUUUGUACUUCAAGGUUGCUGAACACCUCUUGACUGAAGAGUCUUUUGACACUAACAUCCGUGAUUACUCGAAACUAAUCGACGCCCAUUCUAAGGCGGACCGCAUAGAAGAUGCUGAGAGGAUUCUGCAGAAAAUGACUGAAAGGGGUAUCAAGCCUGAUGUUCUGACAUCCAUCAUCUUGGUUCAUAUGUACAGCAGGGCAGGAAACCUUGAUCGUGCAAAGGAGGCAUUCGAAAGCUUAAGGAAAGAGGGUUUCCAACCAGAUUUGAAGGCUUACAGUUCCAUGAUCACAGCUUAUGUGAAGGCCGGCAUUCCAAAACAAGGCGAGGCACUGGUAAGAGAAAUGGAGUCAAGAGAUAUCAACCCCACCAACGAGAUCUACAUGGAGCUACUGCAAGCAUUCGCGGAGCGUGGCCAAGUUGAUGGAGCGCAGAGGAUAAUGAACACGAUGCAGUUUGCUGGAAUCCAACCGACUUUGGAGUCAUUUACAUUGAUCAUUGAGUCCUAUGGUCGGGCAGGUGAUCCUGAUCAGGCUCGGGGCCACUUUGAUCACAUGAUGAAAGCAGGCCACAAGCCAGAUGAUCGAUGCAUUGCCAGCAUGAUGGCUGCAUAUGUUAAAAAGAACCUCCUGGACAAAGCCUUGGACCUGCUCCUUACUCUCGAGAAAGAUGGAUUCCAACCAGGUAUUGCAACGUACACUGUUCUCGUGGACUGGUUAGGCAGGUUGCAACUAGUGGAAGAGGCAGAGCGGUUGCUAAACAAGAUAAUGCAAAUGGGAGAAGCUCCCUUCGAGAUCCACGUUAGCCUGUGUGAUAUGUACUCUAGAGCACAGCAAGGGGAGAAGGCUCGCAAGUCUCUCAAGAUUUUGGAGGCAAGGAAACAGUUAUUGAGAGCUGACCAGUUUGAGAGGAUUGUAAGUGGUCUUUUGGCAGGUGGGCUUGUGGAAGAUGCGAAGAGGAUAUACAAUUCAAUGGAAGCACGGGGCUUUAGUCCAUCAGAGCCAACUAGGGUAGCGCUCAUGGCAGCCAAAUCUAUCCCUCGCCAAAAAUCAUCAAAAAGAGGUGGUAGAGCAUGAGAGAGACGCUUCACCAAACAAAAAACCGAAGAAACAUGAGUGAGAGAGGGAAAGAGAGAGGGAGAGACUCCUACCUAAAUUCAGGGUCAAAGCAGAAAGAUUUUGAUGGAUUUAUAUUUCAAGUUUUGGUUUGUAACCUUAUUUUGUAGCUGUUUUACGGUUGCGUGUGUAUCAUGCCUUUGGGAAGCUAUCAACAGAAUGCUGAAUAUUUAAGUAGCUGACUGAAUUCUCGUCGUGCUUUACCGUUCUGCAAUCAAUUGCUCGGUUUGCUGUUAUGUAUUCUUUUGUGAACAAUUUAUUGGUCCCGGAAAUAAAUACGGAGAAGCAGCGUUCGUUGGCACA